CCCCCCGUGUCCCCAAUGGCGACCGUCAAGUCUGAACUUAUGAAGAACCUGACUUCCGAGGUGGCCGUUCCCCACAGUAAGGUCUCCAUUAUAGGGACUGGGUCGGUGGGCAUGGCCUGUGCCAUCAGCAUCCUGCUGAAGGGCCUGAGCGACGAGCUGGCCUUGGUGGACAGUGCGGAGGGCAAGCUGAAGGGCGAGACCAUGGAUCUGCAGCACGGCAGCCCGUUUGUGAAGAUGCCGAACGUGGUCGCCAGCAAGGACUACCUGGCCACUGCCAACUCCAACCUCGUGAUCAUCACGGCAGGUGCGCGCCAGGAAAAGGGGGAGACGCGCCUCAAUCUAGUCCAGCGAAACGUGGCCAUCUUUAAGUUGAUGAUUCCUAACAUUGUCCAGUACAGCCCUCACUGCAAGCUGAUUGUUGUUACCAACCCGGUGGAUAUCUUAACUUACGUAGCUUGGAAGUUGAGUGAAAUCCCCAAAAGCCGCAUUCUCGGCAGUGGUUGUAAUCUGGACACUGCUCGUUUCCGUUUCCUGAUUGGGCAGAAGCUGGGGAUCCACCCCGAAAGCUGCCACGGGUGGGUCCUUGGAGAGCACGGAGACUCGAGCGUUCCCGUGUGGAGUGGAGUGAACGUCGCGGGCGUCCCUCUGAAGCAGCUGAACUUGGAUAUCGGGACCGACAAAGACCCCGAGCAGUGGAAAGAGGUCCACAAAGAUGUGAUCGCCAGCGCCUACGAGAUUAUUAAAAGGAAAGGCUAUACUAAUUGGGCCAUCGGCCUUUCUGUGGCUGAUUUAACGGAAAGUGUUUUGAAGAACCUUAGGAGAGUGCAUCCAGUGUCCACCAUUGUUAAGGGUCUCUAUGGAAUCAAUGAAGAGGUGGCCCUCAGUGUGCCCUGCGUCCUGGGAGAGAAUGGCAUCGCGGCCCUCAUAAAGGUCACCCUGACCCGAGAGGAGGCGGCUUGCCUGAAGAAGAGCGCGGAGACCCUGUGGGAGGUGCAGAAGGGCCUCAAGUUCUGA